ACGUGUUUGACUCGCAAUCCUCAGAUUCAAUGUCUUAGUCUUACGUAUUACCAGCUUCCCUCUUCUUGCGUCGUUCUCCUGCAAUUAUAAGCUUCACACGUUCCCUAAAUCCGUUAUCACAAUAUCUCGCUGCCUUUUCACGCCACUUGUGACUCUUCCAUUCCCACCAGAAUCACCUUCCCUAUCUUUUAGCCACUGCUAAAACUUGUCCUUUUCCUUUCCCCCCGCAAAAAAUAAAAUAAAAUAAAAUCCAACACAUUUAACAGAUUUCACGCCACCAACGGUGUCUUCGUAACGGAUAUAGCAUAACCUUUUGAUCAUUCGGUAUGAAAAUCCAAUCUCCAACCUCGGAUCCAUCUUUUACAUUCUUCAGAUCAUAGGAUCUAAUAUUGUAUGCAGUUUUGAAAGAAGAAAAAAAAAGGAGAAAAUUUUGAUCUUUGUGUGAUUGUGCUAUUAGAUUAGAUUUUAGUAGAUUCAUUGUGUCGACUAGAACCCUAAUGAAUUAGAAUGCAAUCCAAGAGUUUGAGCCUGGCUCCAGCUCUCACAUUCUUUCCAGGCCUGAAACCCCCUCACAAAACCCUACUAUUCCACCAAAUCUGUGUUCUUGUUAUCACCUUCCUUGCAUAUGCUUCUUUCCAUGCCUCUAGGAAGCCCCCCAGCAUUGUCAAGAGUGUUCUGGGGCCCACAGUGCCAUCCAAUGGAACUCAAGUAGUUUCUGACAUGAGUUCCAUUGAUGCAGGGUGGCCCCCUUUCAAUGGAACACGGGGCACACGCCGGCUCGGUGAGCUCGAUCUUGCAUUCCUUACUUCCUACUCCAUUGGCAUGUAUUUGGCUGGCCAUGUUGGAGAUAGGAUUGAUUUGAGGUUGUUCCUUGUAUUUGGGAUGAUGGGUAGUGGCCUUUUUACUGUACUUUUUGGGUUAGGGUAUUGGUUGGAUGUUCAUGUGUUGGGGUUUUAUGUUGGUGUUCAGAUUUUUUGUGGAGUGUUUCAGUCAAUUGGGUGGCCUUGUGUGGUUGCAAUUGUGGGGAAUUGGCUAGGGGAAUCAAAGAGGGGAUUGAUAAUGGGGGUAUGGAACUCGCAUACCUCAGUUGGGAAUAUCAUUGGUUCGGUUGUGGCUUCGGGGGUUUUGGAGUUUGGCUGGGGUUGGUCAUUUGUGGUGCCUGGAAUCCUGAUCAUUUUGGUAGGGAUUUUGGUGUUUUUGUUUCUUGUUGUGAACCCUGAGGAUAUGGGAUUUGUGCAUCCUGGGAUGGACAUCGAAAUGAGUGUUGAAACGGAUAGUGCAGAGAAUCGGCAGAAAGUUGAAUCGGAGGAAGCAAAGCUGAUUGCGUCUGAAAUUUCAGAUUCUUCAUCUGCAAUUGGAUUUUUGGAAGCAUGGAAGUUGCCAGGAGUGGCUCCGUUUGCUUUCUGUCUCUUUUUCUCGAAGCUCGUGGCUUACACUUUUCUGUAUUGGUUGCCCUUCUACAUAAGGCACACAGCUGUUGCAGGUGUGCAUAUGUCUCACAAAACUGCUGGGUUACUUUCAACCAUAUUUGACAUUGGGGGAGUCCUAGGUGGAAUCACAGCUGGUUUCAUUUCUGACCUAAUAGAAGCACGGGCUAUUACUUCAAUUCUGUUCUUGUUUCUAUCAAUUCCAGCUCUUGCUUUGUAUCGCAUUUUUGGGAGCCUCUCCAUGUUGAUCAACAUCAUUUUAAUGUUUCUGUCGGGAUUUUUGGUGAAUGGUCCAUACUCACUUAUCACAACUGCUGUGGCUGCUGAUCUUGGUACACAAAGCAUGAAUGAUCGGAAUUCUCGGGCGCUGGCUACUGUUACUGCAAUCAUAGACGGCACUGGUUCUGUUGGAGCUGCCCUUGGUCCCCUUUUGGCAGGAUAUAUUUCAACUAGGGGAUGGAACAGUGUCUUUUUUAUGCUCAUUCUGUCUAUUUUCUUUGCUGGUUUAUUCCUGAUUCGUAUAGCAAGAACUGAGAUAAGAGAGAAGCUUUCAGGAAAGUGAUUUUAAAUAUUUUAGAAACACUUUUGAUUAUUUAGUUAGGCCCUUUAUCGAUGGCACCUUUUACUACACAGGAAUUAGCUAUUGUUGGAGAAAUUGUUGAAAGGUUUCAUUUAAUAUUUGUAUCAUAUGCUCAUUCUUUAUUCACUGUUUGUAAAAAAAAGUAAACAAAUGUAUACGAAUGUUGAGGGUGGGAUAAUUCAACUUCUUUUUGGUAUUUUACUGUUUA